AUGACUGGUGAACUGAUCAAGACCUUACUGGAAGGAAAUAUGAAGGAAGAGGCAGCUUUAGCUUCUCCUGAUCAAACUCGAGUCGUCGGUUCCUUUGAGGGGUCGCUUUAUCUAUGGGAUGCAGAUACGGGCAACAGAGUUGGAAUUGCACCUCUCUCUGGUCCGGGGGUUGAGUGUCUUGCCUUCUCACCUGAUGGUACUCGGAUCAUUUUGGGGUACGACAACAGUGGAGCAUUGGAGCUAUGGGAUAGUGCAAGCUUGAGCUGCAUAUUCAGUUGGAAAACCCAAGGCAGUCAGGUGACAUGCGUGGCUUUUUCACCAGAUGGUACUCGAGUUGUCUCUGGCUGUAACAGUGCAAGAAUGGAGCUUUGGGAUUCAGUCACAGGUUUACGCAUCAGAGCCAUGUCAAAUAGUCACACAGAAGGGAUCAGUGAUUUAGAGUUCUCGUCAGAUGGAAAUAAGAUUGUUUCUGGCUCUGAUGAUGGUACACUAUGCUUGUGGGAUGGGAUGGCAGGUGCAAGUAUUGGACCACCUCUGAAAGGCCACACAGGCUGGAUCAGUGUUGUGUCAUUUUCCCCUGACAACACUCGAAUCAUUUCUGGAUCAAUGGACAUGACAUUGCGAAUCUGGAAUGUGGCUACGAGUGGACGCACUGGGGUGAUGCAGGAAUGCCACACCAACUGGGUCAGAUGUAUUGCAUUCUCACCUGAUGGCACCCGGGUCAUUUCCGGUUCAUAUGACUAUACAUUAAGACUAUGGAAUGCAGAAACAGGUGCCAGUAUUGGCUCGGCGUGGGAAGGUCACACUGAUUCAAUUCAAUGUGUGGCCUUUUCACCGGAUGGAACCUGUGUCGUCUCCGCAGCAUACAACAAUCCAUUGCAACUUUGGGACGUGGCGAGUGGUGUCUGCAUCAGACAGUCGGCAACAACUCUAACAUAUGUUCAUCUCAUUGCAUUUUCACCUGACGGCUCCAGAUUCAUUUCUUAUGGUAACAACUAUCCCUCAUCAUCCUUGCAACUAUGGGACCUCACCUGCAAUCCCAUUGGAGCACCCUUCAAAUGCAGUUACCUCAAUGAUCCCACCAUCACAUUCUUUCAAGAUGGUAUAUCAUUUUCAACAGGGACAGACAAAACUUUCAGAAUCUCUGACAAGGGAAUCAGGAGGACACAGUCUCUGCCUCCAACAGGAGGGCAGAGCAAACAAAAAGAUCUUAGAAUAAUGUACAAAGAUGGAUAUAUCACCAUGAUAGAUGCACCACGCCACACUUUUAGGCUUCCAGCAAUGUGGACGGUGUAUGAACAGGCUGCUCAUCGAGCGAAGAUUGCGCUUGGGUUCGAUUCAGGACAGUUCAUGAUUGUAGACUUUUCCAAAUUCUUAAAAUAG